AUGAACAAACUCAAAUUAUUUUACAACUCUUUUUCUCAACCUUCUCGCGCUGUAAAAUGUCUUUUAAAGAUUGGCAAAGUUGACUAUGAAGAGAAAUUUGUAAACUUGGCUAAAGGCGACUAAUUUAAACCUGAAGUAAAGAGCUUAAAUUGGAACUGUUAAGUACCUUUUAUUGAGGAUAAUGGAUUCGUAGUUUUUGAAUCCCAUACAAUAAUGAGGUACAUACAUCAAAGAUUUAACCUAGACAAUUCUUUAUACCCUCAAAAGCUAGAAGAUAAAACAAAAAUUGAUAUGUACUUAGACUGGCAUCACUCAAAUACAAGAAGAUCUGCAAAUUAUGUGACCGCAAGUCUUUUAUCAAAAAGAACUGGUUAACCAUCAUUAUAUGUAGAAGAUUUAGUUCAUAAAGAACUCCUAAAGGCAGUGCAAAAUUUAAAUGAUAAUUUAUUAAAUAAUCCUUCACAUUAUAUCUUUGGAUUCUAAAAGCCAACUAUCGCUGAUAUCAGCUGCUACUAAGAACUUACUGAACUCAAAUUGAUAAAUUUUGAUUUCAAAAAAUACCCUAAUCUUGAUGCUUUUAUGAAUCAGAUGUCUAAUAUUCCUGAAAUCAAAGAAGUUGAUAAAGAUUUUUCUGAUAUCGCUUUAAAGAUAUUCAAAGUAAAUCUUUGA